CACCUGUCACUGAAACUCGACGUAACGGCGGCCAUCUUGCAGGUGCCCUUUGGUAAAAGUCCCUCUCUUAUUAUAAAUUUUUUUAAAUCACCACCCCAAACAAAAAUGAUUUUAAACUAAGCUCGGCUGUGUUGUGUUGGAAUCAAAGACUCGAAUAAAUCAGUUUUUUUUAAAGCAAUCGUGUACAGCAGUUUGUUAGAAUGAGUUUCUUCGGUUUCGGACAAUCCGCCGAGAUCGAGAUCUAUUUAGAUGGACAAGAGACCAGAAAAACUGCCGAAGUCAAGACUGAAGAUGGGAAAAAAGAGCGACUUUUGCUCUACUACGACGGCGAAACGGUGUCUGGCAAGGUGAACAUAAGUUUAAAAAAACCGGGCAGCAAGCUGGAGCACCAGGGUAUCAAAAUCGAGUUUAUUGGCCAAAUUGAGAUGUUCUACGACCGAGGCAACCACCAUGAAUUUAUCUCGUUAGUGAAAGAGUUGGCGAGACCAGGCGACAUGAUCGCACACACCAGCUACCCUUUUGAAUUCACUUGCGUGGAGAAGCCCUUCGAAGUGUACACGGGGGCCAACGUCAGACUGAGAUACUUCCUAAAAGUGACGAUAAUUCGACGACUGGCCGACAUCGUCAAAGAGCUAGACAUUGCCGUACACACGCUAUCAAGUUACCCCGAAAUGAACAACUCGAUUAAAAUGGAAGUGGGGAUUGAGGACUGUCUUCACAUCGAGUUUGAAUACAACAAGUCCAAAUAUCAUCUCAAGGACGUGAUUGUUGGCAAGAUUUAUUUCCUACUUGUUCGUAUCAAGAUAAAGCAUAUGGAAAUUGCGAUUAUUAAGAAGGAGACCACUGGAACUGGGCCUAACACGUUCACUGAAAAUGAAACUAUUGCGAAGUAUGAAAUUAUGGAUGGGGCUCCAGUCAGGGGUGAAAGUAUUCCGAUUAGGGUUUUUUUGGCUGGGUAUGAACUUACACCCACUAUGCGAGAUAUUAAUAAGAAAUUUUCGGUGAGGUAUUUCCUCAAUUUGGUUCUAAUGGAUACGGAAGAUCGGCGAUAUUUCAAGCAACAGGAAAUCACACUCUGGCGGAAAGGAGACAAAGUACGAAAACCGAACCUCCAAAGCCCCGCAAUCCUCGCCGGCACCCAAAACCUGACAAACACAGCUCAGCAAAUCAGCAGUCAGGAGGAGAAUCAAGAACCGGCACAAAAAGAAGAUUUUUUACGCGCUCCAAAUUCCCAAUCAGAUGAAAAAUUGAAUUCAAACGAUCCAUUCGAUCAAGGAAUCAAUUCGCCGACUGAAAGCCCCCCAGAUAGUCACAUACAGAACAUGACUCGGGAGGCUGGCGAUGGACAAAAUGAUCCCGAAAACACCGAGUGAUACAGGGUGGUUAUUUAUACGAAUCGGACUUGAACGAGUUGGAAAUGUGAUCUUUGUUUGGGGCGUAAAUGGCAGGCGUGUGCACGUUUGUAAAUAUUGUAAUUGUUAUUACUACAGUUGGCAUUCUGUAUAAAUAAGCAAAUUUAUUAUUUACACAUAAAUAUUAUUGUAUAUUUCUCAUAUAGUGAAUAAACAAGUUACGACAUUUAAA